UGCAGGGAGGAAACUUUUCAUUUGUCGCUUACUAUAAAAUUGACAGUGCCUACCCUGUCAAUUUUGGAUUUUGGAUGCUACAGUGAUUACCCUGUAGAAAAAAUCUCGUUCCCCCCCUCCGCUACCUCCACGGCAAGUUCGUUCCCCGAAGCAAACCACGAAAGAAAAGGGGCAACAAAAACUCUGUUUAGAAGGAAAGGGGGGCGCCAAUUAUCGUCAAGCCUGCGUCUAAACCUAAGCGAGCAGUUCCGCCGAUGCGAAACGCCGAUUUCGCCCAUACUUCAAACACCCACUCAACGGCCGACAAGAGAAGAAACAGAGAACCCAUUCGCAGCUCCAAGCCCUGUCGUCCAUCGCGUAUUCGUAGACGAAACUCUCUCGCCGGAAGUGCUAAAUAUGAUUAAGCCGUUCAAAGGUUCAUCAGCGGAUGACGCAAGGGAUUGGGUGCUCACCAUCGAAGACGUAGGAAGAGCUCAAGGUUGGCGUGCUCAAACACACAGGAGGGCGGCGGUCUCAAAAUUAGUUGGGGGGGCGUACGACUGGCAUGUGGUAGAUGGAUGCAGCCUACCGUUGUGGGAAGGCUGGCGGGCAGCAUUUUUAAAAAUGUUCGUUAAAGAACUGACCCUGGAACAAUGGACCCAUAUGGUAGAGAGUAGGACGCGCCUCCCCUUUGAGACAGGGCUGGAAUAUUCGCUGGCAAAAAGGCGAAUUUGCAUGAAAUGCCCCGUACCCCUAACGCCAUUGCAAGUUAUUCAGAGGAUGGUUUUUGGUCUCAACAGCCCGGCUUAUAAAGCGGCCGUGCUGUCCAACAACCCGACGUCGGUCGAAUAUUACUUCGACCUCAUCCGCCGCUUAGAUGAAGCAUCCCUGGGAGAAAUCGAAGACCAGAGCGCGUCAGAAAGGGGUUUGGCCGAAACUUUACUCCCAACAGAGGCGGGAAGCGCUAGUAACCGUAACACCUUUGUAAAUAACAUGGUAAGGGAGAUCACGCUUAGACUACCAAGAGACAUGUCACACCCCCCUCCUACAGCACACAAGAAAUCGCAAGCUUGCUCUACGUGUGGACUAACUGGUCACGUGACCUGGCACUGUCCCGAAACGAGGGAAAAUUUGGGAGCUAUCCCAAAAACAAGCGUGAACACGGGAAACUUCAGGGCCGACUCAUAGAGGCAGAGUCGGCAAAAAUGUAUAGCCUCGCCUUCACCCCCCCCUCCCAUAAUAAUUGUAAUUAUCCCGCCAGUUGGACAAGUCCAAGCGAUGAUCGA